UUACUCAGUGUGGAAACAUGUGGCUUGUAACAAGUUACAAAUAUCUGAGGAUCUGGCAUGGCUAUAUUUUGAAACUUUUGAUAUGUUGAGUGGAUCAAGCUUUAAAGAACACUCCAGCUGGAACAAAAGCUUUGCUCAGUGUAAAAGUGUGGAGGAAAUUGAUCAUCUCAGAUCUCAAGGCUCAGUGAGAACAUUGCAGUUCAUUUUAUUUCUUUACAUUCAACAAAUCCACAAGAUCUCAUUUAAAGCUUCACUGGUAUCGGGAGGAGAGGAAUGGCCAACACGUUCACGUUCUCCUGACCUAGAAAACAAGGGAUCUGUUGCAGUGAAGAGUCUUGAUGAGCAUGAUCACAUGAUGUUUGUGCUGCACCAUUUAAAUGACAUUUUAGAACUCUUAAUGGAACCAGGUGAAAUAAAAUAUGUCCUGUCCAAAAGGAAUUUAUAACAUAUACCUCUGACUUCCACAAUGUUGUUGAAAGAAUGGAAGUUUUUAUUAAUCAAAUCAUUUGUAGGUAGGCAGCAUGGCUGAGUGGUCAGUGCAUUGGACUCGUAAUCCAGUGGUCCUGGGUUUGAGUUCCGCUCUGACCACUACCUGGAUUUUUGUCAUGGUA